UAUAGGAAAAAUUCAUUAUUUUCCGUUCGGGGGAUAAAUACGAUGUGGUAUUCGAGAAAUUGUAGAAUUUCAAUUCUACGGAAAACGUAAUUUAACUUAAUUUACGUUUUUCCCGACUACUACAGGACUUGUUUCAUUUACGAGGAAACGAACACGCAUCCUGGUAACCGUGCACACGUUCCGCGCCAAUGAUGAAAUUACCUUAGGAUAAAUACAAAGGUUGUAAUCGAAACAGCCAACCGAAACGAUUUUGAAUUUACAUUUCCAUCGUGGUUUGCGUUUCUCGAUUACCGUUGACCGGGCCGCGGCCGAACUGCAGCGGUCGUCCUGAUUUUUAAUGGAUGCAAAACGAAUGCAUACAUUACAUGCACAGCGACAUGCAAAUCGCAGAGCACAACAUAGUCGUCGCGUGUCGUUGGACGUGUUCGCGCUGACAUGACGGCUUUCUCGGGAAAAAUAAUUCUUUGGAGAAAAGAUUAAUUUCGAUCACAUUUUUCAGUCUCUUUAGUCAUUCUUGUUGUUUUUUUUCUUUUUCUUUUUUAACGAAUCACCAGACUACUACGACGAUGUUUCUUUAACCGUAGCAGCACUAACAAUCAAACGAUCUCACAAUCCGAAUUAAAACAGACGAAACAUGGAUCCAUUUUCGUUUCCGUCUUUGUUUAACAGGGUCAAUCACAGCUGCAGGCUAACGUAAAUGUAAAUUCACAUCUGCCGUAGAUUUUGCACUCUCAUUGUGUACAUACGUGUGUAUAUACUAUACAUAUGUACACCGAGUCAUCGUGUGCUUUCGAUUCGAUUCGAAAGUUCCUUUCAUUUAUUUCAUAACCACAAAUUCAGAUCUAACCAUAUCUUUUCUAUUAUAAAUAAAUGGGUUUCGAAUUAUUCGAAUGGAGUUUGCACGUUGUAACAUGGUAAAAUUAGUUUAAAAAUCAAGUAGCGUAAUCUGGUAAAAGUCAGAGGUGCAGUUUCUUCGACGAAACCUAUUUCAAACAUUUAUCCCGAAAAUAAUUUGAUCUUUCCGUCAUUUACCUAACACAAUAUCUCAUCAUCAUAAAAAGAUGCGACGAGAUUUUUUUUUUUUUUUUUUGCAAAUCCAUUAGCCAACAUUUUAUAAUAAACAACACGUGCAUCGAGAUAUCGAAAGUGAGAAUGAAUGCAAUACGAUGGUCAGGUAAGGUAAGAGACUGGCGUGUCGCGUCGGGUCGCGCCGCGCCGCGCCGCGCCGCGCCACCCCGGGCCAAGUCAGACAUGCGCUCUUAAGGAGAAAAUUGUGCCGGCGAAAGGAGUUGUGGUCUGUGGUGUGGUGUGUGAUGUGAUAUGGUAUGGUAUGGUGUGGCGUGGUGGCAAAACCCACGUUUCAGUUUGUCGCGUGUGCUGACACGGUGCGCAUGUCGUCUUGUGGAACGGUCGUCGAAGGAUGUCGUGAAAACUUGAAAAGUCUCGGCGAGUUUCAUCGAAAAGGAGGCCAAUACAUAUAUCGAGGAAUGAUGAAGUCGAGUAGAAGGAGGACGACGACGACGACGCCGAAACCAAUAAAGUGCCAUGUUACGUUAACAUUUACGAAUCGUUCCUACCGAGAAUAAUUUGGUCACUUUAUUCGAGUAUUCUUUUUAUGGAUUUUGCCAUCGCCAAAAACAGCAACGAUCCAACAAACAACUCUUUUAAUUGACGUCGUCUAGUCUACUUGUAAAUAGAGUGUUUCUUUCGUUUGUCUAUACGUGUACCUACACCUAGGUAGGUAUAUCUACCUACUUGUACUCUGAAUGUAAUCAAGUUCAUUUUUAGCCAUCCGAUUUAACAAUAAAUCGGGCGAUAUUAUUACGCGAAAAAUUGUAACAAUGACGGAAUCGCUGAUACCGUCGGCGUCGGUCAGUAACAACCAAACGCAGACGGAAAGCCAGAGUCACGGUCAAGCUCAAGCUCAAGCUCAAGCUCAAGCUCAAACACAAGCGCAAGAUGAGAAGAACGAGAAAACGGAAAAAUUUGUUUUUCUGCAAAUACAGGAUAUCAAUAGCCAGGUGGCACAAUUCCGCGAUUUGCUGAUAAACAUCGGGCAACCGCGAGACUGUCCAGAACUCCGUGAGAAAAUUCGAAGAUUGCGUCGAACGUGCGUAGAAGCGUGUAAAGGCACGUCUCAUCUGAUACUGCCACAAGUACGAAGGACUACGGACAUCGGGAUCCCUGUGGACAGUCCGAAUUUGAUGCUUCUGUUUUACGCUGUUCAACUGUUUCUACGCGAACUCUACAAAAGCAAAAGUCUCAUUCGUCUUGUGCCCAUGGAUAUGACCGAAUAUUACGAAUCGCGAACUGGCUCGUCCAAGAUUGGCAACGCGAUCUCGCAAAUUGUUUUGUGCGCGCAGAUUACACCGAAUUUCUACGAGGAGGAACUGUGCAGUAUUAAAAAAGACUCGGAGGAAAUUCGAGAGCUGAUUGACCAACUGCAAGAGUUUAUGCCUCAGUCGGACGGCGAUAUAGAGAAAUACACAGCUUUGCAGAAUCUCGGAAGCAAGGGCAUCCGUAUUAACGGCAGACGAACGCAACGACGGAAUCAAACCAACGACAAACCUAGUAGAUCCGCUAGACAAUCCUCCUAUUUUCGCGGAGCUCUGAAUCUCUUCUGUUGCACUGCGAAAACUAACUACCUUUAAAUUAAUCAGACAUCUCUUUGCCAAACGAACAAGAAUUUCAUUUCAUUUCAUUUCUUCGACACACGUAUAAACACUUUCCACCUACGUUUAACUUCUAAGCAAAUCCCAUUGACAAGUUAUGAGUUUUGAAACGCGGAAGAGUAUCUUCACCAGUCCAUUUUAGACUGCAAACACCUUAGAAACCAAAGAAAACCAUUCGUGAUUCAGAAUUGUGAAAUGUAAAACUUCAACUAGUCGAUUGGUCGAUAAGACCCUGACGCAAGCUUUAUUUAGUUUACAAGUCUAGAUCGAUAAUAUAUGUAUACAUACAUACAUACAUACAUACAUACAUACAUACAUACAUGCAUACAUACAAAGUAAUUAUAUUUUUUUAACAGAGCUUUAUUUUCAACGGAACUACUCAGAGUUGAAUUUUAUUCAUAUUUGAUGAAAUAUUAAACUCUCGGAUCAAUUAUCGCAUAUUUUCCAUUAUUCGAUUUGUACCAAUGGUCGUAGAACGCUGUCUAAAUGUAUCUACUCGUCGACAAAAAAUGUUGACAUUUGUUCGCCUGAUUAGAUACAAAAAUUGACAGCUCGUACCUUCGUAUAACAGCUCUACGACUAUACUUCUUCUGUUCUGCUUCUGUUAACUGUGGUGAAACAUCAUUUCAAAAUUCAAUCUUGGUGGGUUAACGUUCACGUUCACGUUCAGGAUAGGUGAACAUAAGCGGGCCCAAAAUUUACAUUGAGUGUAUAUCGUUUACAAAACAAUUACAAAUCCCACUGAUUAGAUUAAAAAUUAUAAAAGUAAAAAACUCGAUACUAAUCGCGUUAGAUAUUAACGAUUCCAAUAUAUUCUUGUACGCGGACCAACAUGGACCACGUGUCGCUCGUUUACCAUAAGAGUGACACAACUAAAUCGAUAUUAUGAGAUUUUAAAUACAACAGAUAUCGCUAGUAGUGUAUUUCUGUGAUAAAUAACGACGUAUAUCUAACUUGAUUAUUUUCUCUCUCUUUCUCUAGGUAAGAAUUUUUUUAUCUCGUACACCUUAGAUUAUAAGUCGAAUUACUAGGAGGAAUUGCAUUGUAUUAUAUCUAGAUGUACUUUGACAAAGGAAAAGGAUAUAUCUAUAUACAAAGUCUAUCUAUACGUAUACAUUUAAAUAUUCAUACAAUAUGCACACUUUAAAUUAAUUUACAAACAAAGUGUAUAACGAAAGUGUUAUUGUUCUGU